UUAUCUCAUUACAUUUAAUAUUUUUUUUAUCGUGUAUAAAUGCAAGAAAAUGAGAAUAAAGAUUCUUUUUUUUUUUGGUUUUUUUUUUAAAAUGCUACAAAAAUAAGAUGGCUCACUUGCCACAGAGCCUCUACUCCGCCGCUAGGCCAGAGUUUCCAUAUCCUGGAAAGUCCGGCCAGGGAACAGAUCGACGGCGGAAGCUGACGUGUAGCCGCUUCCCGGUGAUCGUACGGUGCGCAUCGACCGAGUCGCUAACGAGUUUGACUCAGAAUGCGGCGGAGAUAGAGUUGAAGUAUGUGGUGAGUCAACACGGAUGGGGCGUGAGGAGGUUGAACAGAGACGACGAAGAAGAGAUCAGGAGAGUGUCUCUGGUUCAAGCCGAAGCUUUCCACAUCCCUCUCACUCUUUUUAAUGACUUUUUCUUUAUGUUUUUCCAGGCAGAAGUUUUGUCAGCGCUUCUCUACAAACUAAAGAAUUCACCUCCAGACAGAUAUGCAUGUCUCGUGGCGGAGCAACCAAACGAAGCUGAAACAUCCUCGAGCUCAAGUGUUGUCGGAGUAGUUGACAUCACAGUUCAAACGGACAACUCAGUACUCCGUCAUUUUCCCGGCGUCGAAGAAUAUCUUUACGUCUCCGGCUUAGCCGUCUCCAAAGCUCAAAGGAGGAAGAAGAUGGCAAGUACAAUGUUAAAGGCAUGUGAUGUUAUAUGUUACUUGUGGGGUUUCAAGCUUCUUGCACUAAGAGCUUACGAAGACGAUGCAGCCGCUAGAAACCUCUACUCAAACGCUGGUUACAGCGUCAUCGAGUCUGAUCCACCGUGGAAAUCAACUUGGAUAGGAAGAAAACGCCGUGUUCUUAUGACCAAACGCUUUUCGUAGGCGUCAGUUCGUGAUGUAUAUUUUGCUUAGCCAUGAUAGGGAUUUGAUAUAAAUAACUUGGACCGAUCAACACAGAGACAGUAGCUGAAAACUGAAAUUUUAGAUCCAAGGUUUUAAAUAAACAAAACACCUAAUAGAUUAUCCAGACAUUAACCUUUCUCUACACAAAGGGUUAUAAACUAACCGAAACAGACCAUGUUUCUACAUCUAACAGGGGCAAAAAACGGUAGAGAGAGAGAGAUCUUUUCCUAAACAAACGAAACAAAAGCCGACCAUACCUAUUGACAUUCGAUAACCAACCGGACGAUGCUCCUUAGAGCCAACAAAAAAAAACAGAGUCCGUGGAGUCCGUGGACACAAUCACGCAGACGGUCUGGUUAAGAGCGACAUCGCCUUACUAAAAUCCAGAGACGGGAGUUCCAAUCCCGGGACAUGCUUGCCUUCUGGUCCCAUCCAGAGACCUCCAUUAUGAGGAGGCAUCAGCAGAGGAGACUGAGUGUUGCUCUUCUCUUGUGACGUUUCUUGCUUCUUCUUCACAAACUCAAAGAACUCAGCAACCUGUAGUGAGAACUUACUGUCUCUUUGCUUCACUAUCUUGGCUGAAGUCGAUAUUUGGUUCACAGUCCAAAACCAGAGCAGGGACCUGUUG